AUGUUCUUCUCAGUCGCUGCUCUUUCCCUCUUGGCCUCGGCGGUGGUCGCCGACCAGACCUUCGAAGCCGUCGUCUUCCGUGACCGUACCAAGUUCAUCAACUCGACCAUCUCCGUCCACGACGGCGACGUCCACGUUGGUGAUGGCGAGAGCAACAUCAAGUGGGUGUUGAAGGAGAACGGUAACCUUUACGACGCGAACUCCAAAAAGUAUUUCGUGUGGGACGACAAGACCCACCGGUUGGCCACUGCUGACGAGCCCAAGGACCAGUUCUCCAUCUACCAAGGGUGGCACCUUUCCGCCAAGGGAGGGAGCUCUGGUUUCUCCAUUUGUGAGGAUGGCGACAACAAGGUCCGCAUUGCCACAGGUUACUGCAAUCCCGAAACUAAGGACCAAGGCACUAUCGCCUUGAUCAACUUGUUGGACAUCAAAGCCAUCUCCCCCGACGACGAAGGCCCUGACAACAAACAGGGCCAAAACAGCCAAUCGUCGUCGUCGUCGUCGUCGGGGUCUUCUGCCACUGGGGCAGGGGAGACCCACGUUGUGCCCCAAGACCAACAGCAAUCGUCGACGCCUGCUGUUCCCCAAGUGGAAGGGGUUAUCGAAGGUGCUGCUAACGCCAACAAGCUUGGCGUCGCUAUGGGCGCCUUGGGUGUGGUCGCCGCCUUGUUGUGA